AUGAAGCCAUCCUGGAGUCUUGCUUCCCUUCUUGGGGGCGCUGCCAUUGCGUCCGCCGACGUCUAUCCUCCAUAUUAUGCCAAUCUUACCUGGCAGGCCCCGCGGACGCUCUCCAACUGGUCCAAUCUGACCGUGGAGACGCAGACGGGCACCUUCAUCGGCAUGCUGAACGAUACCUACCCCAACGUGCGCCAAUUCCUGCGCAUCCCGUAUGCUAAGCCUCCUGUCGGUGACCUUCGCUGGAUGCCUCCACAAAAACCUGAAAAGUCGCGUAGAAGAUAUGACUCGACACGAUAUGGCCCAGCCUGUCCGCAAUAUGUGACCGGCGAAAGCACCAUGUGGAAUGAAUAUUCACCUCCCAACCUCUUGGUCAACCUAGGAGAGAACCUGAACCAAGGGGCAGUGGCGUGGUCCACGUCGGAAGACUGUCUGUCAUUAGCAGUCUGGACCCCGUCCUAUGCUAAUCGCACCUCGAAGUUACCUGUGGCGUUGUUCGUGACCGGUGGAGGAGGCGUCACAGGCGGUAUUGAAAUCCCCUCUCAGCUGCCUUCGCCGUGGGUGUCUCGCUCGCAAGAACACAUUGUCGUGACUAUCAAUUACCGCGCGAACAUCUUUGGAAAUCCCAAGUCCCGGGCCCUGAAUGACACGUCGCUCACGCUGCUCGACGUGAGGGCAGCGGCAGAAUGGGUGCACGAGAACAUCGAGGCUUUUGGUGGAGAUCGCGACAAUAUUAUGCUUUGGGGUCAGUCACAAGGAGCAGCCCUGACACAUCUCUACACCCUCGCCUUUCCCGAUGACCCGCUGGCAGUCAAAUUUGGCGUCAUCUCGCAGCCACCAUCCGUCACUAUCGACCUGAGUACCACCGACGACGUAUACCAGGACUUUGACAUUGUCGCCAAGGCCCUGGGCUGCAACUAUGGCGACGAUGCGGAGGCCGAGCUGGAGUGCAUGCGCCAGGUCUCCUGGGUGCAGAUUGAGGAGUACAUUAAUCGGUACUCGGGCUCACCUUCAAUUGCAUUCAGCAACUAUAUCCGUAGGAAACACACUUUGCUUGCUUACUUCUUUGCCCAAUCUGACAAUCCUUUUAGCCGAUGA